CUCACCGCGCUGCUGAAGUUUCAUUUCAAUGUAAAAAAUCUGUUGAGAAACAACACUCAGCUUCUCACCGCUUUUCGAUCAGUUGUUGAUUGUGUGACCUGUGGGCCAUGAGUGCUCUGUUUGCCUGUGAGGAACCAGCCACGUGGAGGAGUGUGUAUGAAAAAUACUGGGAUGUAGUGGAGGCCCAGGCCAAAAGCAAGAAAUCCCGGAAGCUCUUAGAGCUUGAAAAGUGGUACCAGGAGGAUCUGCCCUCGCUGAUUUCAAGUCGUCCCGACAAACACGUCACUCAGUCAGAGCUGGUGAAACUGAUGGAGUGGAAACUGACAAGAGGGAAGUUCAGGCCGAGGCUGCAGCAGCUGGUGGCUUCCAACGGUGAAGACGUGGUCAAAAAAUGCUCCAGGAAGGCGUUCAGCCUCCUGCCCGACGUGCAGGCAGCGAUCGCAGAGCUCAGCUCCUUAAAAGGAGUCGGUCCAGCCACCGCCUCAGCUGUGUUGGCAGCUGGAGCUCCACAUCUGACUGCGUUCAUGUCUGACGAGGCUAUGGAAAGCGUACCAGGGCUGAGGCCCAUCCAGUACACAGCCAAACACUACGCUUUGUACCUGAACAAGGUGGCUGCGCAGUCUGCCAAACUAAACACAGUGGACCCGCAGCAGGACUGGACCCCCCACAGGGUGGAGCUGUGUUUGUGGGCGAUGACCACAGCCGGGCGGCAGCAGCUCCCACUUCUAAAGGAUGCUGAGGUGAAGGGCAGCAGCUCAAAGGAGACCUCAGACCCUGAACCAGACCAGAGACCAGCAAAGAAGCUCAGAACUGUAUAAAAGCAUUCAACUUUCUAAAGAAUUUUUAAAAAAAUAAAGUUUAUAUAAAAAAGUAAA